CUGACCUUGGGACACCCAUCGAAGGAAAAAUGAAGAGAAGAUAUAAGUUGUUUGGUCUGCAAGGAAUGAAGCCUCCACCUUAGAGAGGCUUGACCUUGGGACACCCAUCAAAGGAAAAAUGAAGAGAAGAAAUAAGUUGUUUGCUCUGCCAGGAAUGAAGCCUCCACCUUCACCAUGAGCGGGAGAAGGGCAUGGAUAUGAGAUGUGGAAUGAGAGGAGGAACCAGUGGUUCACAUAGCGACAGUAUGGCUCAUUAUCAAUUACUUAUGGGAUGCGUGUGGCUUUGGUGUACCUUUGGCUCUGAUGUUGAGACUUGAGACUGCAACUUUUGAAGAUAGAUGCCACAACAAAGGCCCAUGGACACCACGCGUCCUUGACCACUUGAUGUUCCACAAACAUCCAUUACUCGGAUAUAGUUACUUUAGUAGUGAAUUGAAGGGGUGUAUUGGGAUCGCGCCAUGCUGAUAGCUCCGGUACACUUAAGGACAUCCACCACAGGCAUGGCCUGUGGAUAACACACGUCCCCUUUGCCAUAUCAAGACAAGUUACUGGGGUUGACACACACUACCAUUCAGAAUCAUUCAUUGAGAAGGCUGAAUUGGUUCUGAACAAAUAUCAAUAUACAUGGUCCCUUGAUAUAUGACAAUACAAGGAGUAAAGAUGAUGCUGAAUGGGUAUUAGUAACUGUGAAACUGGGAUGGGAGGAAGUCGAGCUGAAUUUGUUUGGUUGAACCUACAAGUCUAUUUGCAGAGGUGUGACAGGGACACUCAAAGGAGAUGCCCUUUUUCCUUCUCUUCAUCUUUUGUGGCUUAAGUUUAAGUCUCAUUUAGCUAAAAUGGAACUCUAAUUCCAUAUUAAAAGCCAAAUACUUGUAGGUUACCCAAUUCCAAAAUAGAAUUGGAUCCGAAACCCAAAAGGGUUGCAGAUACGUCUGUCCACAAUUAACUUGACUGUUAUUACCAAACAUGGUUACGAGUUAUCUGUUUGUCAUGGUGAUUUAUUUAUCAUCUCAGAGACGGUUCAAAAACCAAUUGUAUUCAGAUUCUUUUGCAGGCACACACUCACACACAUACGUCUAGAUAGAGGAAAAACAUCAAGACCAUGAAAGCUCCAUUUUAUUCUCUGUCCCUAAAAUCUUGAGGAAUAGUGGUGUAUGGCGACAACCCAAUUCUAUUCAACCCGAAAGCGAUCUCCUAACCCCAAUCAUUCACUCCCCCAUUUAAGCGCCAGCCUCAACACCAUCACCCACUACCACCACCACUGCCAUGGCCACCACUACUACCGACGCCUCCCCAAAAUUUCGCCACGUCCCACAACCCUCCGACUACCGCCCCGAAAUCACUGUCAAUUCCUCUCACGACGGCCUUGAGUUCUGGCAGUUCAUGAUCGCCGGCUCAAUUGCGGGCUCCGUCGAACACAUGGCCAUGUUUCCAGUAGAUACCCUCAAGACCCGUAUGCAGGUUAUUGGCGGGUCGUAUCCGGCUCCGUCCAUCGGUCUCCGGCAAGUCCUUGGCUCCAUUUUGAAGAUGGAGGGGCCCGCCGGCCUCUACCGCGGCAUUGCUGCAAUGGGUCUCGGCGCCGGACCUUCCCAUGCCGUGUAUUUUUCGGUGUAUGAGCUCUGUAAAGAUUUUUUCUCGGCCGGAAAUCCAAAUAAUUCUGCUGCCCACGCGGUUUCGGGAGUUUUCGCUACUGUUGCGAGCGAUGCUGUGAUUACACCAAUGGAUAUGGUGAAGCAGAGGUUGCAAUUGAAGAGUAGCCCAUAUAAGGGCGUGAUGGAUUGUGUGAAGAGAGUGUUGAUGGAAGAGGGAAUUCAAGCUUUUUACGCAUCAUAUCGCACUACUGUUGUGAUGAAUGCGCCGUUCACCGCAGUUCAUUUUGCGACUUAUGAGGCCGCAAAGAGGGGGCUGAUGGAGGUCUCUCCGGAGAAUGCAGAUGAUGAGAAUUUAGUGGUUCAUGCCACUGCCGGAGCCGUGGCUGGGGCUUUAGCUGCAGCUGUUACAACUCCACUUGAUGUUGUCAAAACUCAGUUGCAGUGCCAGGGUGUCUGUGGAUGUGAUAGAUUUUCUAGUGGUUCCAUUAGGGAUGUUCUUGAAACCAUAGUGAAGAAGGAUGGUUACGGUGGGCUUAUGAGGGGAUGGAUCCCCAGGAUGCUCUUCCAUGCACCAGCCGCUGCAAUCUGCUGGUCCACCUAUGAAGCAGCAAAAGCCUUCUUUGAAGAGCAGAAUGGCCGUAGUAACCUGGUUAACUGAGGAACCACAACUGUGCCUUGUGGACGACACCUCAACCUAAUUGGCCGACUGUGUGAAAUUUAUUCACCAUAGUUGGAUUGGAAUAGUGGAAUAACAGGUGGGCAUCAUUUUCCCAUCACAAGGCAGUUGUUUGUUUAAAUGGUGUUGGUUGGAUCACGCACAAGUAUAGGAUUAAAUGUAUUAUGCAAAUGGCUGUGGUGACUGCUCAUAUGAGAUGAUGUUAAUGAUUUAUUCAUCACGGUGGCGAUUUGUCCUCCCCUUGCAUGAAUAUGUAUAUUUGCUAUGGAAUGUGGAAUUUGUGCUUCA